AUGACCGCGGAACAAGAAGGAUUCUGCCCUCAAAACGGCGGAGCCCACACGAUGAUGCCCAUACAGGAGAGCUUCCAGACGUUGGCCUCUGAAGCACUCGCAGCUUCCGGGGCCCAAGAAGCCCCCAUCGGCGCUAAGAACCUGCACUCCACUUGCACCACCCAGGCUUGUGAGUGGCUCCUCACCACUGGCCUCAUGAACGGAAGUACAGUGGAAAAAGCCACGUUCUUCAAGGGUGUUGUAUACAACGGCGAGGACCACACUGAGCCUGUUCCUGGCAUGUACACCAAUUUUCAGAAAGGGGUUCAGCCGGUUGCUUUUUUCACGGCGAGGGACAAAAUCCUCGUGAAAAUGGUACGCACAGGCCNGUUCAGCCGGUUGCUUUUUUCACGGCGAGGGACAAAAUCCUCGUGA